CGAACCCAGAACCUGCUUGUUGUGAGGGAACAGCGCUAACCACCGCGUGUUUGUGAUAUAGAAAUCAGAAACAAUAUUUCUGAAUGAUAUAUACGGACUCUGCAUGCUUGUGCCAUAGCUGGAAUUGCAGCCUUGCUUUAAUUCCAUUUGAACAAUUUAGAUGUUCGUGGUAGUAAACAGAAGAUUUUAUGUCUCCCUAAAAAUGCACAAUUACGCACAAAUAAUACGACAUUGUUCUACUCCACUAACUGUUAAGAUGACUGCAGUCUUGCAGAGCACCUCUUUUACAUGAACAGGGCCAUUCUUGCGCUGAUUACAGGACCGAGUCUGAAUUAAAGGGGAUGUGAGGCUGAAUGAGAAUAUGUGGAGCUUGGGAGGAGCGCCAGUCUCUCCAUAGCGAGACUCAGUGUCGUAGCAGUAACAGUCCAGCCUGAGCGAAGCAGCGAUCCGACAGGGCGCAGCAUCAGGGAUUCAAGGAACCGCAGCUACAGGAAGAGGCAGUAGGAGGCCCGAGCAAGGCAGCUUAAAAGUUUCGACCCUAAAGGAGCCACAGGAGCGGGCCCCGUGGAUGGACAGAGCAGGCAUCCAUGGCCUCACAGGAGCUUAUGGAUGCAAGCAACUCUGAAACCGCUGAUACUCUGAGUCCAGGAAUGGAGGGCGCUGCUGUGCCCAGCAGUGGUAAAAGCUGUCCCAUCCACACACCUGGCAGCGAGGAUACAAAGCGGGGCUUUCGGAAGGGCAUAGGGAGGCAUAAUGACUAUGUGAAGAUUUCUGUGCCAGAGUCCAAGGUCAAUCGUUUGCCCAUGGAAUGGUGGAAGACAGCAAUAGCCUUCUUUUAUGCUGGUUUUAACCUGGUCCUGACCACAGUCGUCAUCACUGUAGUCCACGAGAGAGUCCCACCCAAAGAAAGCAGUCCACCUCUUCCAGAUAAGUUUUUUGACUAUAUCGACAGGGUCAAGUGGGCAUUUACAGUGACAGAGAUCAACGGCAUGGUGCUGCUGGCCAUUUGGCUGAUCCAGUUGUUCUUCUUCAGAUACAAGUCAAUAGCAAGCAGGCGGUACUUCUUCCUCAUCGGUACCCUGUACUUGUACCGCUGUGUCACUAUGUACAUCACCACCCUGCCUGUACCCGGCAUGCACAUGACUUGUGCCCCUAAGCUGCACGGAGACUCCCAGGCAAAAAUCCAGCGAAUUUUGCAGCUGAUUUCCGGUGGAGGUCUUUCCAUUACAAACUCCCAUCUGUUGUGUGGAGAUUUCCUCUACAGUGGACACACUGUGAUGCUCACCCUCACUUAUCUCUUCAUCAAAGAGUACUCGCCGCGGUCGUUUUGGUGGUACCAUCUGAUCUGCUGGCUGCUCAGCGCCGUGGGUGUGGUGUGCAUCUUAGUGGCACAUGAGCAUUACAGUGUGGAUGUGGUUGUGGCUUAUUUCAUCACCUCCCGCCUGUUCUGGUGGUACCACACCAUGGCCAAUUUACAGACUCUGAAAUGCUCGCCCAAUAACUACCUCACCAACACCUGGUGGAAUCCACUGUUCAACUUCCUGGAGAGAAAUGUCCAAACCUCGGUGCCAUGCUCGUACAGUUGGCCCAUCACCUGGCCUCCUGCCUGCCUUAAGAACCCAUGCAAGAAGUACUCAAUGGUACAAAGCACACGAGAAGAGUGACGUGACCCUGAUAACCCAGCAGUGUUGCCUGAGAGUCCACUGAAAUGGUACUUUUUCAUUCAUUCCAUUGUACUGGACAGCAACAUAACGGUACCAAAUGCAUAAGAAAUGUUUCAGCAUAAAUGUGCCUAGAAGGAUAAUCAUAUUGUCUCUGUAUGUCACUUUAAUUUAUUUGUGAGAUAAAAUGCUAUGACAAAUUUUUUUUUGGUUUUUGUAAAGGAUACUUGCAUCAGUUCCUCAUGAAUUUCAAAUAUUUGUUGCAAUGGACUUGCACAUUUGUUGCAGUAUUUGUAAGACUUUGAUUUUGGGUCUGCUACCAUAACUCUUUCUUACUGUAUGUAUUGAUGGGGUUUACCUCAAUAUGAUCAGCAUGCUCAAGUGCCUUAGAGUGUUAAAUGUCAGUAGGUGUACCAAAACUGCCAUUAUGAGGCUUCAUGUACUUUUUCAGUUUUUUAAUUCUUCUUCUUAUUAAUUUUGUAUUAAUUUUAAUAGACUUGAGUGUGUAUAUUUUAGCUGUAGUCUCAACAUUGUACUGUUAUA